AUGAUGCUCUAUAAGAUUGUCGUAUUAGGAGAUGGCGGUGUUAUUCCCUCCUCUACCGUCACUAAUAUGUGCACAAACUUCUUCCACCCCACAUACGACCCUACCAUUGAAGACUCCUAUCGUAAGCAAGUGGUUAUCGAUGAGCAGCCGUGUGUCUUGGAAGUUCUCGACACUGCUGGACAAGAGGAAUACACAGCUUUGCGAGAUCAAUGGAUUCGCGACGGAGAAGGGUUUUUACUCGUAUAUUCCAUUUCAUCACGAUCCACCUUUGAACGCGUCGAACGAUUUCGGGACCAGAUAUUUCGCGUCAAGGAUGUCAACCAAGUGCCGCUGAUCCUUGUCGGUAACAAAUGCGACAAGGUUACAGAACGCGAAGUAUCUCGCGAAGAAGGCUUACAAAUGGCAAGACGAUUGCGUUGCGAAUUCACGGAGACCUCAGCGAAAACAUGCGUCAACGUCGAGCGAUCAUUCUACUCGGUGGUGCGGAUGAUUCGAGCCACUCGUGACGGACCAACUCAUCACCGUAAUAAGAAAAAGAGAGACGGAGGAGGAAAGAAAUGCCCCAUUUUGUAA